CUUAGACUGGGGUUCCUGAGCAGGAAGUUUGGAUGCAAAGAGUGGAAAAUGGCCGGACUGCAUCAGCACAAAACAUCCAGACUGAACAAAGUCCAGAGCAACAACGCGCUCUGCUCUGAAAUUUCAGCGCCAAACCUGCAGUGAAUCAUGAUUUUCAUCGCUCUGACUGUUUUUCUAUGAGCUGGAUUCUUAACAUGGCGAGACUUUCCGUCAGGAAACUCUUUGCUCUGUGCCUCUGCCUUUCAGCCUUCGUUUUUCUCAUUAUAACUUUUCAGGUUGUGGAGGAGCUGGGCCAGUUUGAGCUUGCAGCACACAGACUCCCCCUUAAGGAAAGAGAAGAGUUAACACAAAUCCAGCCCUUCCCAGACAGUGGUGUGCUCACUGAAGAGAAGUUAUCUGCUGCUUCUGAAGACUGGUACCCCUUUAUAGUGUGGUGGUCUCCACUGACCGGUGAGCUGGGGCGGCUUGGGGAGUGUGGCAACAACAGAUGCUUUUUCACCAUCAACAAAUCCUACCAUUCUCAUCCUUCUACACAUGCUUUCCUGUUUUAUGGUACAGAUCUCAACAUUGAGAGUCUCCCUCUACCAAGGAAGGAACACCACCACUGGGCUCUGUUCCAUGAGGAGUCUCCCAAGAACAACUACAAGCUCUUCCACAAACCCGUUGUCACCCUUUUCAACCACACAGCCACGUUCAGCCGCCUCUCCCACCUCCCACUCACCACCCAGCACCUGGAGAGCCUUCGACUGCUGACCUCCCACACGUUUCUGCUGCCCCUGGCUCAGAAGAACCACCUGAGACACACUCUGGCUCCUGUGGUCUACGUGCAGUCAGACUGUGAUCCGCCUUCAGAUCGAGACGUUUAUGUGCAGGAGCUGAUGAAGCAUAUCCAAGUGGACUCUUAUGGUCAGUGCAUGCACAACAAGGAUCUUCCAUCCCACUUGAGGGAUUCUACAGCCAUGGAGGAGCAGAGCUUCUACCAGGUUCUAGCCCAGUAUAAGUUCAUCCUAGCCUUUGAAAAUGCCAUUUGUGAUGACUACAUUACCGAGAAACUGUGGCGGCCACUCAAGCUAGGAGUGGUUCCUGUGUACUACGGAGCCCCUAAUGUUCACAUGUGGCUGCCGAGUAACAGGAGUGUCAUUGUCGUUGACCCUAAUGAACCCCCAGAGAAGCUGGCCCAGUAUUUGAAGAGGCUGGACAAGAAUGACUGGGAGUAUUUAACAUACUUGGAUUGGAAGCUGAAACAAGAGGUUUCUAACCAGAGACUUGUUACAGCACUGAAGGAGCGUAAGUGGGGCGUCCAGGACAUCACCCAGGAUAACUUCAUUGACGUCUUUGAGUGCAUGGUGUGUAACAGAGUCUGGGAGAACAUCAACAGACAAAAUGAGGGACUACCUUUGCGGCUCUGGCAGGCUGAGGGAGAUCAUCUGAGAUGCCCACCCCCGAAGCUAUUUGACUUCACUGUAGAUCCUCCCAGCAGCUCCUCACUGCGCCACCUUUGGAGAGCCAGUUAUGACCAGUCAGUGAAAGAGGCCAGAGCUCUGAGACGGCUAGCACUGAGGAACCGAAACUUCACUGUCACACAGUUCUGGAGUGAAGUCUUCAGUGACUGAAGAGUACUGCUUGCAGUGUGUAUGAGUGGGAUCAUUUAAACUCCUAAAUUUGGAGUUAGUAGAAUUUUCUGUUAAAUGAUGCAGUAUUAAUUAUGCACAUACAUAGACUGUACAUACAUAUGUCUAUGUAUGGCACCUUUUAUAGAAAGGAAAACAACUAUGAAAAGCAAGGAAAGGUGCAAGAAAUAAUGCUAAAUAUUCAAUCAAAUCUUUAAAUACUUUAAAUAUUGAAGAAAAUACUCUAAAUCUUUGGAACUGCCUGACCAUGAGCUUUUUUUAGAUACAUUUUUACUGGUGUUCCUGUUAUUUUUAGUGGUUGUGCAAAAACAGCAGCAGGUCUAAAGCAUCCAAAAUUAUAAAUAUUUAAAAGAAUAAAGAAGCUGCUUCUGGAAGGAGAUCAAUGAUCUUUUGUUAUAUUCGUAAGCAUAUUUUAGUAACAGUAGGUCAUAUUUAUUUAGCUUCUCAGAGUAAGAACACUAUGAAGGAUCGAUGAUCAGGUCUCAUCAGCCAAGGUAAGCCUUUUCAGUGCUGUAAAAAAGGCAUGAACUAAUCCUAGAUCAAUUUAUACAUUUUAAAUCUGAGGAAUUUGACAGAUAUGGGCCAGUGUUUUAUUCGAUAAAAAAAUAACCUACAUUAAAUAUGUAUAAUGUAUCUCAUGCAUCUAACUUUGGGUUUAUCUCAAGGUAGCACAAAAGUAAGCAUAAAUGUUUUCUUCCUGAUGCAACAGAGGCUAGACUAAACACAACCGAGCAGUCUUCACCUAUGAACUGAACCAGUUAUAUACAUGAAUCCACCAUAGAGAUCCUACUUAGUCAGUACUUAUGUUUAAGAUGUUAUCAAGCAGUAUUUGGGGAAAAAAAACUUUGCAGCUAUAAUCAUUCCAUAUUUUUUCAUUGUGCAUGAACAUGGUGCUGAUCUUUGACCACUCUCAAGCAGGGUUAUGAGGUAGAGGAAUAUGUAUUCAGUAUACAAAAAUGAAGAAUCUGUUUUCAAUCCACAUUACAUUGUGAAAGGGCAGCAUUCAGAAUACAGAUUAUUUUUAGGAGGACGUUUAGAUUACUUACCCACUAAAAUCUUAAACACUGUCAGUGCCUGUUUUUAAUUAUUAUUAACUGUUUUUAAACUGGUGCACAGUGUGUAGCUAACAUCAUUAGAUGGAUUCAAAAGAGGAAACCAACAAAUGGCUUGAUGCUGAAGUUUCUGGUAAAGCCUGAGUAGACUGAUAAACCAAUAUGAAGAUCAGUUUUUAAUGUCAGUGUUACUGAGCUCUGCUAAAGCCUGAGUAGACUGAUAAAUCAAUAUGAUG